UCUAAAGUGUAUCUAAAGUAUUUCGUGGGUAUACAUCUACAUAAAAUCUAUCUUUAACCGUAGAGUGGAAACUGUGCAAAUUUUGUUAGUGGUUAUCGGUGGUGAACGGAAGUUGCAUUGCGACGGUACUGCGCCACGACGACUUUUGCCACGAUGGCUGAAGAGACUGACACAAACGAUAAAGCGACGAUGGAAAGUAUAGUGCAAAACAUACUCGAGGUCAGUACCGGAGAUGGGUCUACGUCAAACGAAGUAGCUGCAUUAGAGUUUCAAGCUUCGCAGGUGAUAUCGAGGCUCGAGGAAGCUGUCGAAAAGGAGGCUGACGGUGGCGGUACCACCUGGAACAAUCCCUCUGGGUUCCUCUCGCAAUCAAAAACUCCCGACGAAAUAUUAACUUUAAUUCAGGACUUGGUAAUUCACGAAGAUGCUCCCCAAGAGGUGAAAGAUGAUACAACGGAAACAGCAACGAGUCAAGUGACUACUUUACCAACAUUAACAAAGCCAGCAAAAUUAGCGUUAAUCGCACACACUGUUUCUGCUUAUGCGCUCGCACUUCCAAAAUCACACGCUCAGAGAUUAGCCGGUCGAUUGACCGCAGAUACAACCAGAUGGCUAAGUCAUAUUUUCCGUUUCGUCGAUUGCGCCUCUUCGUUUCACGAAGAUCAUCUGGAAGGUUUAGUCAGAGUGACCAGGUUGGCUCUACACAGAAAAUAUCAUCGGUAUAUGGAGGAAGGUUUCACCGCGCUUGCGGCCUCACCACCUUUAAUUUACAGUUCUGUGGUCGCACCUUUAGGUGUGGUUCAACAUCUGUGCAAACAGCUUUCUUUGCCACUUCAUUGCGUAAGACCCAUCCCCCAUAACACAAUGUUUGGAUCGCGAUAUAGCAUGGACGUGUCAGCUUUGGAACGCCGACUCGCGGAAGACACGCAAUCAAAUAGCGUGACACCGCUCCUGGUAUUGGCAGAGGCGGGUUCAGUAUUAACGGGACACUGCGACAAUAUCGCUAGAUUGCGUGCAAUUUGCGAUAAAUACAAUGUCUGGCUUCACCUUAGAGGUCAUUCUUUAGCCGCGUUAGCGUUAAAUAAUUCUGCGAAGGAUCUGCCUUCGAAGAUCGCAGAUAGCGUUACGUUACCUCUUGGAAUAUGGCUUGGUAUACCAUCACUACCGGUAGUAACAUUGUAUAGAUUAAUAGAUACGAAAGGUGGUCGACCUAAUCCAAGAGACACAACUUUGUCUCUGGUGUCGGGUUUAAUGACAGAUUCGUUGUCAAGACGUUUACCCACUUUACCCUUGUGGGCCACGUUGCAAGUGUUAGGUAGAGACGGUGUACAUAAUAGAUUAAAGAGAUGCUUUUUGGCUGUGGAGGAAUUAUACAAUAAAAUUAAGAAAUUCCCUUGCAUAAGGAUACUGAGUCAACCACCCGGAGGAGAAACAGGGUCCUAUACCAUAAACGAGCUCCUAACCAACCCCGUGAAUAAUCCACAACUAUUCGAAGCUGUAGCCAGUGUAUUAGUGUUUCAAUUUGUACCUGCAGACAGGGAUUCACAGACAACAGAACGUGUUCCUCCUUAUUACGAUAGAUUAAAUUCCUGGUUGGGACAAAUUCUUCAAAGAGACAUCGAAAACGUACAAAUAGAGCUGUGUGAAAUAGAACAUCAUGGUAUUGCGAUUCGUAUUUGUCCUCUAGAAAAUCCAGACGAACCUCCUACGACCGAGGAUAUAGAUAACGUAAUAGCUUGUUUGGAACAGCAGAUGGAAAUAUUAGAGGCAACGGUUGAGCAUAAAGCAACGUUCGUGCGAUUAGUCUCAGAGAAUGACUCUUUACAUUUCGUAGAAAUGCCUGAUUGGGCAGGUUUAGGCGGUGUACGAUACGCACCUCCUACUUGGAUCCACGUUAUGACCGAUCAGGCAAAAGAGGAAUUGAACAGAUUAAACACGCAAUUAGUCGAAACUUUACAGGACACAGACGCGGCAUUUUCUUUAGGAGAAGGCGCCGACGGCUUAGCUUGUGUACGAUUUGGUAUGGUUACACAAGAUACAGAUGUGGUCGAAUUACUAUCCUUGGUUCUACAAGUCGGUCAAAAAAUGGAAGCUAGCUCCAAGCUAUUGGAUACUAUAUCCGAAGUGGUGAAAAGAGGCAUCGAAGCAGCACAGACGGACUUGGAAAGAGAAAAUGCAGAAAAAUUAUGGCAAGAAGGUAUUCUUAGACACGUGCCAGUUGUUGGAACUUUCGUCAAUUGGUGGAGUCCACCUUCGAAAGAAACUGGAGUUCGUGGACGUAGUUUAAAUUUACAAGCCGGAGUUGUCGAGAGUACAGAGAAUAUUUACAAAUAUCACAUGCAAUUACAACCAAACUCCAUGGUGAUUAAUGGAUCUGGCGCUAGAACUCCACCGCAGCCCCUUGUACAGACUCCAGUUGGCGCUGGUAGCCAAAGUCAUAGUCGUUCAUCGAGCCAUUCCAGUUUACAGAGCGGCAAAAGUAUCUCUGUAAUCACAAACACCGUGCCUCACCCGCAAGUAAAAGAAGAAUCCGGUGAGGUGAAGUCGUAGUGAACAUUAAACGAUACGAUUAAUCGAAGAAGAUUCAGUUCGUUAAGUUCAAAUCCCUGAACUUGGCAAAGGAGUGAUACUCUAGGUGAAACGAUCGAGCGUUUUCGGUAGAAGCUACCCUUUACAUUCUCAGAGCACAGCAAAAGAAUUAGCGUUUCUAAAGCGUUGAGGAGCUUAAUAAAUCGACAAAGGUAAAGCCACGCUAUCCUCCCUGUCUUUCUUUUUUCAAUAAACUAUUUUAUGCUACUUUUCUGUCA